UUCUGGAGUUGCGAGACGGGAGCGGCUUACGAGACGAGGCUCAUUGAGAGUACAAAAGCCGAGUGAGGAAGCACGGAGGGGACAUAUGUGUUUUUGAUGCCACAUUCACGCGACAGCUAGGAGAGAGAAACGCGCAGUAGGAAUGGCUGACAUAAGGAAGAAACUUGUCGUGGUGGGCGACGGCGCAUGUGGGAAAACAUGUCUCCUGAUCGUGUUCAGCAAAGACGAGUUCCCCGAGGUGUAUGUCCCCACUGUGUUUGAGACAUACGUGGCGGACAUAGAGGUGGACAACAAGCAAGUCCAGCUGGCUCUGUGGGACACAGCCGGGCAGGAGGACUACGACCGGCUGCGCCCUCUCUCCUAUCCGGACACCGAUGUCAUUCUGAUGUGCUUCUCCGUGGACAGCCCGGACUCGUUGGAAAACAUCCCCGAAAAGUGGGUGCCUGAAGUCAAACACUUUUGUCCCAAUGUUCCUAUUAUACUAGUGGCCAACAAGAAAGAUCUGCGCAACGACGAGAACGUAAAGAACGAGCUGUCCCGGUUGAAGCUGGAGCCAGUGAAGGCAGAGGAUGGCCGGGCCAUGGCCAUGCGCAUUGGCGCAUAUGACUAUUUGGAGUGCUCUGCCAAAACCAAGGAGGGGAUCUGGGAGGUAUUCGAGACUGCAACACGGGCAGCUUUACAGAAACGGAAAACACCGUCAGGGAGCUGUCUCAAAUGCUGUGUUUUGAUGUGAAUCGACGCUGAUUGAUUGUCUGGAGAGCCGUGACGCGCAGACGUGACGCUUCCCACCGUUGCUGGGAUCUGUGUCUGAACAUGCACGGGCAGUGGCCAUGGUUUGGAUACUCCCAUGUAACCAGGCGACCUUGAUUCAACCCAAACCAAUGACUGCAUACAAGUUGUUUUGAACACACUUGAUGAACAUCUGAUAUCGGGGCUUGUGUGUGUUUGUGUGAAAUGCACUGGUUACAGCAUGUUCUUUGUGGGGUCACAUGAUCCCAGUCUGACAGGUGGAGGGGAGGGGGGGGGGAGAAAAGGACAAACUACAUGUCAGUGGACGCCUUAUUUACCCACCCUUCUAAUCUAACGUGGACAUGUCCUUUCCCAAAGGCCUGCUUUAGAGCCACGGUUUCAAUUGCUCACUUUUUUUUGUGUGUGUGUGUGUGUGUGUGUGUGUGUGUGUGUGUGAAAGUGUUUGCAUAGGCCACUGCCUUACUGCCAAGGCUACAGGCUACUUUGUUAUAAUCAAAGCAGUUAAAAAGUUGCACUCGUUAUU